AUGUCCAACUCCUCCUGGAGUUCCUCUCCUAUAUCCAACUCCACCAGGAGUUCCUCUCCUAUGUCCAACUCCUCCAGGAGUUCCUCUCCUAUGUCCAACACCUCCAGGAGUUCCUCUCCUAUGUCCAACUCCUCCAGGAGUUCCUCUCCUAUAUCCAACUCCACCAGGAGUUCCUCUCCUAUGCCCAACUCCACCAGCAGUUCCUCUCCUAUAUCCAACUCCACCAGGAGUUCCUCUCCUAUAUCCAACUCCACCAGGAGUUCCUCUCCUAUCUCCAACUCCAACAGGAGUUCCUCUCCUAUAUCCAACUCCUCCAGGAGUUCCUCUCCUAUAUCCAACUCCACCAGGAGUUCCUCUCCUACAUCCAACUCCACCAGGAGUUCCUCUCCUACGUCCAACUCCUUCAGUAGUUCCUCUACUAUAUCCAACUCCACCAGGAGUUCCUCUCCUAUAUCCAACUCCACCAGGAGUUCCUCUCCUAUAUCCAACUCCACCAGGAAAUCCUCUCCUAUAUCCAAGUCCACCAGGAGUUCCUCUCCUAUAUCCAACUCCACCAGGAGUUCCUCUCCUAUGUCCAUCUCCAACAGGAGAGUUUCUCUCCUACGUCCAACUCCUCCUGGAGUUCCUCUCCUAUGUCCAACUCCUCCUGGAGUUCCUCUCCCAUAUCCAACUCCACCAGGAGUUCCUCUCCUAUAUCCAAUUCCACCAGGAGUUCCUCUCCUAUAUCCAACUCCACCAGGAGUUCCUCUCCUACAUCCAAAUCCACCAGGAGUUCCUGUCCUGUUUCCAUCUCCACCAGGAGCGGCCGGAAUACCGACCAGUGGGAGUGGGGCGGGGGAGCGGCCGCCGACGGCAGCGAAGCAGGCGCCGCCAGUACAGGAGAUGCGCGCCAUGCUAGCGGCCGCGGCGGGGGAGGCGAUUGCGGCCUUCCUGACCGCAGAGACGAAGGAGACAUGCAACCAGAUAUGGCAGUUGCGCUCGCAGAUAGCCCAAGACAUCCGUGCAGACGCCGCUGGCGAAGAAAAGACGUCAGCCGCCGCUCCCUUGGCGGAGCAGCCGGCGGAAAGACACACAGCGGCGGACACACCGAGGAGGAAGAAGACGGAACGCGCCGUACCGACGCCAAAGCCCACCGGCUCUGAGCAGCUCUGUUCCGACGAGUGGGCGACCAUUACGUUAAGGACGCUCAAGGGCGUGGGCUACGUCAUCCACACCACGGGGAAGACUCAGCCACGGCCCUCAUUGAGCCUGUCUGCGCAGCCAACAAGCGAGGAGCGGUGCCACUACGCGGUCACUCAUCUCCGAGCGCUUGGCUUCGACGCACGCCCACCAGACACCGAUGGACGAUCUGGGCCCUCCCCCGCGCGAAGUCACCACUGA